AGUAAAUUGAAAUGUUUGAUUUUGUUGUAUGAAAUUUGUGUUCCAAAUUGUUAGUUUUUGUCAGAUCGAUGGAGUUGACAUUGAAAGAAUUAGCAUCGUUGCUAAGUGUGUUAUCUGAAGAUGCUACGCAGACACAGACUUUUGAGGCCCUGUCUGGUGUAUUCCAUCACUACUUCUCAAAACAAGACCAUUUCAAAGUUGGAAUGGCAGUGGUUCUGAUGUUACAGAACAAAGAUUUGUUGCCUGAUCCAACGCAGAAGCUGGCAGCCAUUUUUCUGUUGUAUGAAAUGUACAAAACUGAGCCUAUUACUGUCAAUCCAUUCGCAUCUGUGUUUGUACAUUUACUGAAUCCACCCACAGAAAGUCAGGAGGCAGGUCAGUAUGACCUACAUUGGGCCAUCCCUCCUAUCUCCAGCUCAGAGCGCUACUUCUUAUCACAACUUAUAUCCAGUCCUACAAAAGAGAUAUUCAAGAAAACACCCACACAGAUAGUACAGAUGGAUGUUGGGAACAUGCAGUCAUUUGAUGUGAGUGGCCUUCAGCUGGCCCUGGCAGAGCGGCAGUCAGAGAUGCCAGCCUUGAGUAAAGCAAGCAUUCCAUGUGUGGUACCUGACCCAGACAAUAAACCUAACAAUUUUGAACAGUUUGGUAAGCCUGGAAUGAUCAACCCUGAUGUACAGCGACAGUGUAUAGAAGCUUUGUUGGAGGGCCCAAACCCUGCUGUACAGACAUCCAUGAGACCAGAGUUUAUCAGGCUUGCCCCACCUCUACAUGUGGCUGAGGAUGAGCUGGUGUGGAUGAAUCCAGUUGAUGGAGAUCACAGUAUAGCCUGGGACACAACUAUGUGUGUGAGCAGUUCUGCUGGGGCUGAGGUCAGGCGGCUGAUGAACCGGGCGUUCAAGGGACCCCUGGUACAUAGCCAUCAACAGCAACUGCUCGGAGAACUGGAGAAAGACCCCAGACUGGUGUACCAUAUUGGGCUCACACCUGCCAAGUUACCAGACCUUGUAGAGAACAACCCUCUGGUAGCCAUUGAAGUUCUGCUCAAAUUGAUGCAGUCAAAUCAAAUAACGGAAUACUUUUCAGUAUUGGUUAACAUGGAGAUGUCUUUACAUUCUAUGGAAGUGGUGAACAGAUUGACAACGGCUGUGGAUCUACCAUCUGAAUUUAUUCACCUGUACAUCUCUAAUUGCAUCUCCACCUGUGAGACAAUCAAGGAUAGAUACAUGCAGAACAGGCUGGUGCGACUUGUCUGCGUCUUCUUACAGUCCCUCAUCAGGAACAAAAUUAUAAAUGUCACGGACAUAUUUAUUGAAGUACAAGCAUUCUGUAUCGAGUUCAGUCGGAUAAGAGAAGCCGCAGGACUGUUCAGGUUGUUAAAGUCUCUGGAUAAUGCUGAACAACAGCCAGGCCAGCCUCCACAACCAGGGGUCAGGGGAUGACCUUUGACACACAAAAUUUGAUGCAUGAACUUUAUGGUUGAAAGGUCACCAAUGACUUCACAUACUGCUUGUCUUGUCUUGGUGGACAGCUUCCAACAUACAUGUAUUUAGCAGGACAGGAGACAAUAUGGCUCAAUAAAAUGCAGAGAUCUGUGUUGUUACAGAGCAGUGGACAAGUCUGAGGGAAUUAGCUGCUUUUUGAGUCAUAGAUUUUUUAUAUCAGUGUGACUUAUUGACACUCUGUACAGUUAUUUGCAGAAAUGUGGAUGUUUGCAGAUAUUUGUUAAGCUUUUGUGUAAAUCGCUAAAAUUGAGAAACCAAGGCAAGCAGAAAGUAUGCCAUUGUAAAAACUACACUUAAAAGUUGAAGGUUGAAGGGUUCUUCACCGGCUCAGUCAGAUAAAACAUCCUUGCCCUGUGAGCAAUGAGAUCUCUAGCCCUAUGAGCAGUGAGAUCCCAAGCUGAAACUCUCGCUCUAACUGUUCACAAUACCUUGAUGACAAGAAACUGUGGAUAACAAUCAUGCCCUUGAUCAGUAGUUUCCCGCACUCAUAAAACUCCACAGUGUAUUCCACCUUACCACCAUCCUCUAAGUGAAAAAUUCUUGGGUACCGUGUUAAUUAAACACCAAUCAAAUUAAUAAAUCCCCUGUAUAUGUACAGGAAAGAAGAAAAUAUUAACUAUGGGUGAUGUUUUUGGUCUGCUUUGCUGGGAUUGAAUUCUAUUUUACAGUAGUUACAACAGUUUGCAUCAAUAUUAGAUAUGAAUCAUAUUUGUCUAAUAUUAUCAUCAGACCUCCAGCAAGAUCUCAGAACAUUUGAGUUCUCAGCAUGAAGUCUUGUCCAUGACACUGUCAUUCCAGAGUGUUGACCUGUGCCUGCUACAAUUGAUCACGUGGCUAAAGCUUUAAUAGUCAAAGAGUACAGGUGUUUAAUUAAUUCUGAUGUGUGAUUCAGUUAUUCUGCUGAUUUCUGUCCUUGUCAGUACUGACUGCUAAUUCAACAUUUCCUCCAGUGAAAGGUUAAGAGUAAGAUAAUCCAUUACUCUUUGUGUGGUGACAGCGGUGAAACAGGUCAAUAAACAAAUGUUUUA